GGGUUCCAUCUUUCUCUUCCUUUUUUUUUCCCUAGUGCAUUCCUAUUAUGUCGACAACUGAGUACAACAGCUCUGCUCCUUCUUCAAUAGUACAAGCUUUAUCAGCUGGUCUACGGGAAGCUAAGCCAACCAAUACUUUAUUUACUUGUUUAGCUUGCCAAGUUGCCUUUCCUACUUCAGAACGUCAACGUUCACAUUAUAGAACUGAUUGGCACAAAUACAACUUGAAACGUAAAGUUGCUGAUCUUUCUCCAGUUUCUGCUGAACAAUUUGCUCAAAAAGUUUUAGCUCAACAAGCCAUUGGAAGGGAAGAAGAAGAAAAAGCAAACGUUAUAUAUGAAUGUGGUGUAUGCAGACGAUCUUAUGUCAACGAAAACUCAUUUAGUAAUCACUUGAAAUCAAAAAAACAUCGAGAUCUUGAAUUCAGAUCUUCUCCUACAACCACUUCUACACAUGGAACUCACAAUAAAAAAGAAAAUACUCACAGACAACAACUAUUCUCUGAUGACGAAGAAAUUGAACAUCAAUUAGAAGAUCAACAACAUCAACCUACUAUAUCUGAUAAGUCUCAAGUCUCCUGUUUGUUUUGUCACCACAUUUCUGAUCAUUUUGGUGCUAACCUACAGCAUAUGAUUUCACAACAUGGUUUCUUUUUACCUGACGAUGAAUAUUUGAUGGAUGCUCCUGGUCUUAUUUCCUAUCUUUAUGACAAAGUGGUACAAGAUUAUAUCUGUCUAUUUUGUAACGAUCGUGGCAAGGAAUGGCGAAGUUUGGAGGCAGUUAGAGCUCAUAUGAUUGAUAAAGGUCACUGUAAAAUGGCAUAUGAUGAUUCUGAAGAUCCUGAAGCUUUAUUACAAUUUUAUGACUUUGGACCUAUCGAUUUGGAUUCACUCGAUCAAAAUGAUGAUAUUAUUCUAUUGAACAACAAUACAGAACGAUUAUUGGAAAAUGGUACAAGAAUUGGUCAUCGACAGAAAUUACGUUAUUUCAAGCAACGUUUAAGAAAGACUACUCAUGAUACAAAGACACCAUUAUCUAUUCAAGAUAAAGAACAUGCUGUUGCUGAAAUAGUUGCUUUGGCAGAAUCUGAAGGAAAUCCUCUCAAUAGGAAACAACGUCGACAACUCUUGACUGAUGGUACGGCUCUUCAUAGUGAUGAUCCACAAACCUCUUUAGCUGCUAUUCAAUCCACUCAUCAAGCUCAAAAGGAAUUCACAAGAAAAUCAGAUUUUCAACAACAAGUGGCUAUUAAGAAUAAUAGAAACACAACUCGUCGUAUUCGUAUUCAAGUACCUGUUUAGAUUUGUUUACAUUAGUUAUGUCUCUUCAUCCAAUAAACUAUAUACAAUAUAUAUGUAUGACCUGUAC